CUUGAUGAAUCAGACUAGACGAUAAGAGGACUCAAUCCUUUUAUAUUAUCUUUACUCGCGUUAUUAGAACCAGCUAGUACCAACAGGUCAGGGAACAUGAAAGCAGUGAUUCUUUUUUUCGCAUGUGUGGCCGUGGCAUCGGCCUUUAAGCUGGAAAAUGCUAAGCGAGCAGCACACACUGGUGACUGUCCAGUAACAGAUUCGAACGUUUUCGGAUUUUGCAUGUAUGACCCUGACAAGAACUGUCUUCAAGAUAGCGAGUGCGGACCAACUGAGAAAUGUUGUCCAAGUGGUUGCAACAAAGUUUGCAUGACAGCCGUUCACCAUCAACUUCUUUUAUCUUAAAUCACUGUAUUCAUGCAUAAGGAACGUAUAUAAAUGUAUAAAAAAAUAAAAAAAAGAGUUAUUAUA